AUGGCGCAAUUAGAUACCAUUUCCGCGGUGGUGGAGCCGCGCCCAGCGCACAGGCUGGACACUGACGCCCUCCUGGCCUACCUGCGCCGCACAGUGCCAACGGUCGCAGCGGAGCGCGGGCCGCUGCGCAUGCGUGCGUUUGCCCAUGGACAGAGCAACCCAACCUACCUGCUGGAAGCUGGGGCAACGCGCCUGGUGCUGCGCAAGAAGCCGCCCGGCCGCCUGCUGGCAUCGGCCCACGCUGUUGAGCGCGAGUACCGUGUGUUGGCCGCGCUCGCCGCCGCCGGCAACGUUCCCGUGCCACGGCCGCUGGUCCUCUGCGAGGACGCGUCUGUUGUGGGUACACCCUUUUACGUGAUGGAGUUUGCGGAGGGCACCAUCUUCACGGAACCCGGCAUGCCCAAGGCCAGCCCUGCGCAGCGCACGGCCGCAUACGCAGGCCUGGCCGACACCCUAGCAGCCCUGCACGCAGUCGACCCUGUCGCCGUUGGCCUGGCCGGCUUUGGCGACCCGUCGCGUUACUGCGAACGCCAGGUGCAGCGCUGGGCGCGCCAGUACGCCGCAUCAGUGGCGGCGCCCUGCCCGCGCGUGGCGCGAUUGGUGGAGUGGCUGCGGGCCAACGUGCCAGCCGAGGACUCGGUGGUGACCCGGCCGUCCAUUGUCCACGGCGAUUACCGUCUGGACAACCUCGUGUUUGAUGGCGCCAUGAGGCAGCUGGCAACUAUGCGCCUGUCCAGCCCCCUGCCCGAGCGCGUGCCGACCGAGGCGGCGCUGCUGGCACGCUACUGCGCAGCACGUGGGGUGCGACCGCCUGCACCACGCGAUUGGGCGUUCUACCUUGCUCUUGCGCUGUUCCGCCUGCUGGCCAUCCUGGCGGGCGUGCAGGCGCGCGCCAAGCAGGGCAAUGCGUCGUCAGCGCACGCUGCAGCGCUGUCGCGCGACGAGGUGCUUGCGGCCCUUGCGGACGCGGCCCUUGCCAUCGUGGAACGCGCGGAUGCGGACGCCAGCAUCGGCGGCAGUGGCAGCGGCAGCGGCAGCGGCAGCAGCAGGGGCAGCAGCAGGGGCAGCAGCACGCCAUCAAGGCAACCAGUAGGGCUGCCAUCGCUGGGCGCCCCCAGCGCUGGGGCCGCCGACCUGCUAGCGCGCGUGCGCGCGUUCAUAACGGCGCACGUGCUGCCGGCGGAGGCAGUGCUGUCUGCACACGCUCAGGGUGACGCGCGGUGGAGUGUGCACCCCCUGAUGGAGGAGCUCAAGGCACGCGCCAGGGCGGAAGGCCUGUGGAACCUGUGGCUGCCGGGGGGCAUGGCGCAGGGGCUGAGCCACCUGCUGCCAGAGGUGCCCGAUGUCGAGCGGGCCACGCUGCUGGGCGCGGGCUUGUCCAACCUGGACUACGCUCACUUGUGCUGCGCUAUGGGCCAUAGCGUGUGGGCGCCGGAGGUGUUCAACUGCAGCGCCCCCGACACCGGCAACAUGGAGGUGCUGGCACGGUACGGGACACCGGAGCAGCAGCAGCGCUGGCUGGUGCCUCUACUGCGCGGGACCAUCCGCUCGUGCUUUGCCAUGACCGAGAAGGCGGUGGCCUCCAGCGAUGCCACAAACAUCACGGCCUCCAUCAAACGCGCCCCGGGCGGUGGCUACGUCCUGUCGGGCGUCAAGUGGUGGACCAGCGGUGCCAUGGACCCGCGAUGCCAGGUGGCUGUUUUCAUGGGCAAGACCGACACUUCAGCGCCCUCUCACCUGCAGCAGUCCAUGAUCCUGGUCCCCAUGCACACGCCUGGGGUCAAGGUCGUGCGGCCCAUGCUGGUGUACGGCUAUGAUGACGCCCCGCAUGGUCAUGCCGAGGUGCACUUUGACGGUGUCACAGUGCCUGAUGGCAACCUGCUCCUGGGGGAGGGCCGCGGCUUCGAGAUCGCACAGGGGCGGCUGGGCCCUGGGCGGCUGCACCACUGCAUGCGGUUGAUUGGUGCUGGGGAGCGUGGCCUGGAGUUGAUGGCGCAGAGGGCUCUGUCGCGCGUUGCCUUUGGGAAGCCACUGGCGGCACAGGGCGGGUUGCGUGAAAAGCUCGCGCGCAACCGCAUCGCCCUGGAGGGCGCGCGGCUGCUGGUGCUGGCCGCGGCGCACGCCCUGGACGAGGUGGGCCACAAGGCGGCGAGGGGUGCCAUUGCUGCGGCCAAGGUGGCAGCCCCCGCGGUGGCCCUGGAGGUGCUGGACUCGGCCAUCCAGGUGCAUGGCGGCGCAGGCGUCUGCCAGGACACUCCCCUGGCGCACCUCUGGGCGGCGGCGCGCACGCUGCGUAUCGCCGACGGCCCCGAUGAAGUGCACCUGGGCACGCUGGCUAAGCUGGAGCUGGCCAACGCUGCGGGGGGGAGCAAGGAGGUGCUGGCGGCUGUCAAGCGCGUGCCCCGCUCGCGGCUCUGA